GCAGUGAGCAAGAGGAGAGCGAGGAGGAGCAGAGUGAAUGAGAGCUGCCUGCACGCCUGUAGUCUGCUGAAGCUGGGUCGACCGCCUCGCCACGCUGCAUUGGUACCGAGCGGAGUCGUGGCCUGGUUGCUCAUCAGCACUGAUGCAGAGUCCAGAGCACCAGUUCUGAAAUCAGGGACCCCAGGAUCCAGGUUCAUCAGGUUCUCUCCAUCAUCAAGGCUACAGUGGGCGCGACGGCUACAAAAGGGGCUUGACGCGACAGUUUCGACACCAGCUGCUACCUCAACUGAAUCCCCUUCCACCCGAUCCCAUCCUUAGCAGCACCGCCGCUCCUCUCCCACUCCUCCCUAUGCCCUUGUCCUCAGCGGCUCCUCUCAACUCCCUGGCCAGUAUAUGGAUAGAAGCUCCCUGUUUCAGCUCAUACAAGAGCAGCUGGACCCAGAGAACACCGGUUUUAUCCCAGUGGAGAACUUCACCAGCUUGGUGGAGCACCAUGAGCUCCAGCUGGACCCGUCUAAAUUGGACAUGCUGUUAGCCCUGGUCCAGAGCAAUGAAGAGGGUCAGGUGUGCUACCAGGAGCUCAUCGAGCUGAUGAACAGCAAGCGCUCCAGCAGUUUCCGGCGAGCCAUCGCCAAUGGCCGCCGCACUCUGCAGAGGGAGAUCCUGCUGGACGAAACGGGACUGGGCUUGUACAAGCGUUUUGUGCGAUAUGUGGCCUAUGAGAUCCUGCCGUGCGAGACGGACCGACGGUGGUACUUCCACCAGAACCGCCUGUGUCCUCCACCCGUCUUCAUCGCCGUUGUCACCAUUGUCCAGAUUAUUGUGUUCAUGAGCUACGGCAUCAUGCUAAACAAGUGGGUUCUGCAGACCUACCAGCCAGACUUCAUGAAGAGUCCCCUAGUCUAUCAUCCCGGCCACCGCGCCCAAGUGUGGCGCUUCUUCAGCUACAUGUUCAUGCACGUCGGACUGGAGCAGCUGGGGUUCAACGCUUUACUCCAGCUGAUGAUUGGCGUUCCACUGGAGAUGGUCCACGGCAUCUUACGAAUAAGUCUGCUGUACAUGGCAGGAGUACUUGCCGGUUCGCUGACCGUGUCCAUCACCGACAUGCGCGCUCCAGUGGUGGGGGGCUCUGGAGGAGUCUACGCUCUGUGCUCAGCUCACCUGGCUAACGUCGUCAUGAACUGGGCCGGGAUGCGCUGUCCGUACAAGCUGCUCCGCAUGAUCCUGGCGCUGGUUUGCAUGAGCUCAGAGGUCGGCCGAGCUGUCUGGCUGCGUUUCUCACCCCCACUGCCCUCCUCGGGGCCCCAGCCCAGCUUCAUGGCACACCUUUCGGGGGCCGUGGUCGGCAUCAGCAUGGGCCUGCUGAUCCUGCGCAGCUACGAGGAGAGUCUGCAGAAGCAGUGCUCCUGGUGGGUCAUCGUCUUCUCUUUUAUCACCUUCCUCCUCUUUGCCAUCUUCUGGAACAUCUUUGCAUAUGAGCUGCUGGGCGUUCAGAUCCCGCCUCCUCCCUGAUGAAGGCCCCGCCUCUUGACUUUGACCAUGCCCUGACAUGAGUUCCUGUUCAUUAACUGUC